CUGUAUUUAAUCCGUCUGCGGAUCCCAUGAGCUUGCAAUGGCUGUUACGGGGAUAUGUAACUGUAUAGGAAACAAUGUGGCUCUUUCUUUUGUUGUAUUUUUCUUAUUUUGUGGCCUUUCACUUGGACAACUACGGUACUCUAUUCCUGAGGAAUUAGAAAAUGGAGCGGCGGUGGGGGAUCUUGUGCAGGAUUUGGGGUUGGAUAUCCGAAAGCUCUCCAAUCGAAAGAUAAAGGUAACCACCAGUGGAAAACGGUAUGUGGAUGUCAAUCCCAAAAAUGGAAAAUUAAUUGUCAAUGAAAGAAUCGACAGAGAGACGUUGUGUGAUUUAAGCAGCACCUGUUUUAUACAUUUAGAGGUGCUUGUUGAAAACCCAUCCGAGGUGCACAGUGUUGAGGUGGAGAUUGUGGAUGCUAAUGACAAUGCGCCGAAGUUCCCUAGAGAUGAGUAUCAAUUGGAAAUUACAGAAUCGGCUUUACCAGGGUCUCGUUUCCCCAUUGAGAAUGCCCUGGAUCCGGACGUGGGAUCCAACUCCGUUCGUCUAUAUCGACUCAGCCCAAACGAACACUUCGCGCUGGAUUCCAACAAACCCUCCAUCAACAGCAAGCACAUUGAGCUCGUGGUCAAAAAGCCCCUUGACCGCGAGCUGGCGCCUUACCACCAAUUAAUUCUGACUGCUGCAGAUGGCGGAACACAAGCAAAAACCGGUUCAGCUAAAAUUAAUGUGCGAGUCCUGGACACCAAUGACAAUGUCCCUGUAUUUGACAGCUCAGUGUACAAAGUAAAAUUGUUAGAAAACUCACCAAAAGACACACUGGUCAUCAAAUUGAAUGCCACAGACCUUGAUGAGGGUACCAAUGGUGAGGUGUAUUAUUCUUUCAGCAGCUACACUCCUGAGAGAGUCAGACAGAUGUUCAGCAUGGACAGCAACACGGGAGAGAUCAGAGUGAGGAGCAAUGUGGACUAUGAAGAAACCAACUCUUAUGAGAUGUAUAUCCAGGCCAUGGAUAAAGGCCCUGGUGCUGUGGCAGCCCACUGUAAGGUGGUGGUGGAGGUGGUGGAUGUGAAUGACAAUGUCCCAGAGAUAGUCCUGUCUUCUCUCUCCAGCCCAGUGAGGGAGGAUGCCCGGGCUGACACCGUGGUGGCCCUGAUCAGUGUCACAGACCGGGACUCUGGUGCUAACAAACAGGUGAGCCUGGAAAUACCCCUGGGCCUCCCCUUCAAGAUCAAGUCCUUUAGAAACUACUACACCCUGGUCACCUCCGCUUUCCUGGACCGUGAAACCACCGCUGCCUACAAUGUCACCCUCAGCGCCACUGACGGCGGCACCUCACCCCUCUCCUCCCAAAAGACCAUACAGGUGGAUGUGGCUGAUGUGAAUGACAACCCGCCACGCUUCGAGCAGACCUCCUACACGGUCUAUGUGACGGAGAACAACGCCCCCGGGGCCUCGCUGUGCACUGUGAAGGCCCAGGACUCAGAUGUCAACGAGAAUGGACGCAUCACCUACACUGUCCUCAAUGACAACAACCACGGGAUCCCUGUCACCUCUUACGUCUCUGUGAAGGCCGAAACGGGAGAGGCCUAUGCCCUGCGCGCCUUUGACUAUGAGUCACUCAGGGAGUUCCACUUCCAGGUCAAAGCUCAGGAUGGAGGCAUUCCGCCCCUCAGCCGGGUGGCCACUGUCUACAUCUACAUCAUGGACCAGAACGACCACGUGCCUGAGAUCGUCAAUCCCCCAGGCAACAGUACGCGCUCCACAGAGACAGUCCUGAAGAACGCUGAGGCUGGCGCCCUGGUGACCAAGGUGGUGGCGUACGACGCAGACGCAGGUCCCAAUGCCUGGCUGAUCUAUGUGUUGGAUCAGUGCACAGACUUGGAACUGUUCAAGGUGCACGAACACACGGGGGAGAUCCGCACCACGCGCAGGGUCUUGGAGGACAACUCCACCUCCUUCAGCAUGACUGUACUGGUGAGAGACCACGGCCAGCCGCCUCUCUCCUCCACUGCCACUGUCAAUGUGGCUGUCAUGGAGGUGCCACCCAAGGUGACCCCUGACCCUAAGAGGGUCAUCCGGCCCCACAGCACCCUGCUCUUUUCUAAUUUGACCCUCUAUCUGAUCGUGGCUCUGAGCGCCACCACCUUUGUGUUCCUGGUAACUGUGGUGGUGCUGGCCAUCGUGCGCUGCCAUGCCUACUGCACCCAGCCUGGCUCCUGCUCCCCCUGCUGCGUAUCCCAAAAGACCCCCCCUGACAGCGGGAGCAGCAGCAUAGUAGGUGGUGCUGGGGGUGGUGGUGGGGGACAAUCCAAUAACAAUGUGGCGCUGCGGAGAGACCUCAAGGUGGAUCCUCACUACAUUGAGGUGCGUGGGAAUGGCUCUAUGACCAAGACCUACUGCUACAAGACCUGUCUGACGGCCACCUCAGGCAGCGACACCUUCAUGUUCUACAACACAGGCCGGCCCAUUAGCGGCACCUGGGGUUCUGAGCGCUUCUUCACAGGAGGUAGUGGGUUUGUACGGAGACUAAGCAUGCCCGACGCUUCACUGCAAGUAUGCCCAGAGCCGAAGGCCCCAAAUGCUGACUGGCAAUACUCCACUUCUCUGAGAACAGGGAUGCAAAGCUCGGUCCAUAUGGAGGAGUCGUCAGUGAUGCAGGGAGCCCAGGGGAUGCUGGUCCAGAACUGGCCCACAGUGUCCAGUGCUGCAGAUGGUGAGGGGGGUGAGCUGUCCCCUCCGGUUGGAGCUGGCAUCGACAGUAACAGCUGGCACUUCCGUUACGGGGCUGGCCCUGGCUACGGCCCCCCUCAGGUCCUGAAGCCUGGAGACAUUCCCCCUGAAGCCUUCAUCAUUCCCGGCUCUCCCGCCAUCCUCUCAAUCCGCCAGGGCCCGGGAGGAGAGGAUGACAAGAGUGAUUUCAUUUCCUUCGGCAAGAAGGAGGAAGCCAAGAAGAAGAAAAAGAAGAAGAAGGAGAAGAAAGACAAGAAAGAAAAGGGGAAGGAGGAUGUGGACGAGUAGAGAAGAAAGGGGAGAUAUGAAAACAGAGCUACCAACUAAAGUCCAAAUAACAGCUGCAAGACAAAAAGCCAAAUGUAUAUUUUUGAAUCAGGAGAGUUUCCAUGUGUUGUGUUUGCAUAGUUAAGUCUGCCCAGCCAAGUCCCCAUUAGCAGAGGCCUAUCUCUAUAAAACAUGUAAGCAGCCAAUAGUAGCCUCUGCCAGAUUGGCCCUCUGAAGCUUCCAUACCUCUGGCUAUAAAACAGUAUUUUUAAAUAUAUUUAAUAGGCUCUCAUUUACCAGACAUUUGAUGAAAAUUCAACAAAAAUCUAUUUGAUUCGAAUAACCUUUCUAUAAAGAUGAUAAUGCAAUCAACUACCGAUACCCAGACGUUUCAUGUAUAAAAUGCCAUACAGUAUGUGAGAGAAACCUCACAUACCCUAUUAAUGGUGGUGCUAUAGUCCUGCCAGCCAGCCCGCCUCCCCAAACUUGCUUGAAAUGGGACCCUCCUCCCUGGCCCUUCUGGCCCCUUGUUGGCAUCUUUGUCUUUACUCUGCCCCUUGCCUCCUCUGCUCUCCUGAUUGGAGGGGGAGAGGAGGAGCUCAAUCUGACAAAGAGUGACACAGAGGCUCUCAUCUACAGUAAGAUGGAAGCCUUGUGCAAAAAAAUGAGUUGUUUUUUUCUACAAAACACACACACACACACACACACACACACACACACACACACACACACACACACACACACACACACACACACACACACACACAUUAGACAGUCAGGGCGGACAGGUAGACACCUCUCUGGAUAGUGUACAGCUCUAACUCAGCCAAAAGACUGAGGCCUAUUUCAGUGGCCUCUUUUCUAUGGGAGUGUAAUAUAUGACAGGAACUCUUGCUUGUUGUUUCAUUUCUGUUCAAGCCUGAUCCCCCCCCACUUCUGUCAGUCAAUGUUCAAUAGUCAAUGUUCAGUAGUUCUUUAAGCCCCGCCUCCUUACCUUGCCCACUUUGGUGCUAGUAGGAUUCACUCACACGCCUCGUCUGUUGACGCCUCUCCUCCGUCCUCCGAUCACCAUGUUCAGGAGGCCUCUCUCAAAGACACUCUUAACUUCUGAUAACUUGUUCCUCUGCAAACACAGCAACAGAAUGAACCUGUAUAACACACUCACACACUUUCUGUUAGCUUUAACCGAGCCUUGCUACUGAAAUAUCAACGUUCUUAGCACUGUUUUGGGGACAAGUUGCCGUCUCUUCCACCAGUUACACACAGGGUAGUGGGGCAAACAUAAGGAGCUUAUGGACUGGCUUCCUUCUUUCCAGAUGGAGAGAAAAAGAGGGAUGGAAGGACAUAGAGGCAAGGAGAGAGAAGUGGAUUUGUAGUGAUGGGCACUCCAGUCCACAGACAUUCCCUGGAGAGCUUUGUUGCUGUGUUAAAUUCUUUACUCAUAUUUUGUGAUGAAAAGGAAGCAUCAACAGCAUUGAGUCUUCUCCAGAAUAGAGCAUCCCCAGAAUGAACUCAGUAUGUGUGAGGGCUAAUUCCACAGCAUCGCCUACUCACCUCUCUGUUUCCUCUUCCUGGCUGAUAUCUGACCAAUCAGAGGGGACAGAGGGAUGAUGCUAGCGCUGCUAUUGGACUGAAUCCCCCCAUAUUAUACACGUGCUCCCCCUUCAGGUGUGAAUCUGUGCUGUCAGAUCACUAAGUGGCUGUUUGCAUGUUAUAAGCAAAGGAAAUAUAUAUAUAGAUCUAUAUAGAUAGAUAUGUUUCAUUUCCUUCAACCAUUUAUCACAAAUUCAGAGAUAUGACCAUCAUCUCUGCUAAAAUAUGUAUACAUACUCACUCUCGAAAACACACAUGAACACAAAUACGCACAUACUAUGUAUUCCUAGACAAACAGGGAAUCACUUGUUUUUAUUCUGUUGAAGUUCAAUUAAAAUAACCUUCUAAAUAUAAGUAAUGCUGUAGUUAUGCUAUGAAAUGCUUUUUUUGUUUAUGCCCUUAUGAUUUUUGAGGAUUACAAAAUGAGUCCUUUACCUUGUGUUAAGCUAUGAACUGAUGAUCAAAGAAACACUGUAACGUAAUACUGAAUCAUUUAUUCACCUUCGAUAUAUAUCCCCAACACCUUUGAAAAUGUUUUUAUAAUGUUGAGAAAAAAACUCUAACAAAAUUGUCCAUAAAAGAUGCUAAUCUUGAUGUACUCUAUGCUUGUGUGUAGUUAAUGUUUCCUGAGUCAUCUGGUGCCUGGAUGGCACUCAGCAGUCCACUGCGACAUUGCAGAUCUAUUAAUAACCUUUUGUACACCUGCUCAUCAAUGUAAUAGUGAUAUAGUGAUUUGUCUUUUUUAUUAUUUGAUGAAUCUGGUAUUGUGUUUUGUUUAUAAAUCACAAAUAAAAUGUUAUUUCUUAAAUAUUGUA